AUGCCAGCUCGAUCUAGUCCACUCAAAUCCGAGAUUGCACCUCCUCUGGCAGCGGACAAUGACUAUGAUCACAGCGGUUUACUCGUGGUGAUCACCUCGCUAGUUUUGUUUUUAACCCUGGCCUCUCUUUCGAUCCGCGCAUUUGCUGCCUCAAAAAGAUCAUCCAUGUUGAAUGAUGAUUAUGUGCUUCUCACAGUCGUGGUAUGCGUCGUGGAAAGGCACCCUUUCUCCCGACCUCUCCAGACGGUUUACGUAGCUGACCUGUUCUAUGUUCUUGUCAUCGGCCUGUCGAAAAUUUGCUCGAUGGUCUUUUAUCGGAACCUCUCCAUCCGUCGCUUUAUGCGGACGAACAAUGUCAUUCUCGCUGCUUGUUCAGUAUGGACUGUGCUCGCGAUAGCCAUUCUGGGCGCCCGUUGCAGUAAGAGCCCGUGGAAAGAUAUUGAUAAUCACUGCGUUGGCCUCCUGCUGCGUUGGAAGGUUAUCUGCGCCCUAGAUGUCGUCCUCGAAGCAUUCAUACUAGCCUAUCCCGUGGGGAUUAUCUAUAAAGUUCAAAUUUCUCCAUUAAAGAAAUUCGUCGUCCUCACUAUUCUCAGCUGUCGCAUUAUCCUCAUUCCUCUCUCCGCCGUCCAUGUACACUUUAUCCAAAAGCAGAUCCAGUCCCCUAAUCCGACUUUGACCGGCACGUAUGCAACAAUAGUUGCUCAAAUCCAUCUCGGUGUUGGCGUUCUCGUGCUUACCGUUUCAUCUCUAAAGAUGUUCGUGGCAGUCUAUGAAGAUGAGCAGGGCCUCGCAUAUACCGAAGAUGUUUCCAAAUCACUAGGCAUUGGCGAUAACGAUAACAGUCGACAGUCGAAGAUGAGGUCGUGGAUAUUGUCUCGGCAAACGAAGGAGCCCAGCACGUCAUCCACUGGCUGCGAUGAUGGGCCCGGCAUACCUUUGGCCUCAGGAGCGCGGGGUAGUGGUAAUACUAUCAUCAAGAGCGUACAUAUCUCAGUAACCCAUGAGGCCCGUGAGGAUGUCGCGUUGGGGGAAAGAGGCCCACAUGGCCAUAGUGGAAGCAUUAUGUAG